AUGGCGUCGCCCCGGGACAGCCUGCGCAAUGCCGCUGUGUCGCCGGCGGCACAGUCGCCCUCCACUGGCUAUCCAUUCCCAUCUAUGGAUCUUCCGCAGAGACAGCGCCCGCCAAGGGGCAAUGUACGAAGAGGCUCGACCGCAAGUUCUAUCGCCAGUAUAGGAGGAAGCCUGGAUACCACUUCCUCCAAGAAACCCAUACCGGAGCUAGGGCAGAAUGCCAUCUCAACAUUGCUGCAGCAUCCGAUACAAAGGACUGGCCUGCAGGCGAUGGGAAGCACUGCUUCCAGCGGCUAUAGAGCCCCGACGCAGCGCGAUAUUCCUCCCGUUGCUUUGACCAACAUACCUCACAUCGAGUCAAAAGCAUUCUCUCCCUACCUGUCGCAGGUCGGCAGUCUCUACGAGGCAUUCCAGCGCGCCAAAAGCGAGAGCGAUGGAGACUCCGCGCUGUUUCAAAGAGACAAGAAGGACAGCCGGGAGGAGGAGUGGCAGGCAGCGUUAGCUAAGCGGCCAGGCAGUUCGAGGACCAAUUCGAUUAGCUCAAUCAGCUCGAUGCUAUCGCCGAUUGAAGCUCCAUCGCCCAAGAGAAGGUCCAGUGCCCAAAGGCGAACAGCUGUCACACCAUUGUCCACCAUACCAAGUGUGUACUCGGACGUGGACUUCCACCUCGAGAACCCACGAACCUUCGACGUCGUCUCCGAGCACGCCGAAUUGGUCAGCGACCCUAGGGCCGCCCCUUCUGGUCGGAAGUCACUGGCAACGAAUGCGAUCCUACAGGAGAAGCUGUCAUGGUACAUGGACACAGUCGAGGUCCACCUGAUCUCCUCCAUAUCCACUGCCUCAAAGUCCUUCUUUUCGGCCCUGGGCUCGUUACGCGAAUUGCAUGCAGAAGCAGAGGACUCAAUCGAGCGUAUACAGAAGCUAAGGAAGGACCUGGCCAAACUCGACAAAGAGAUGGCCAUAGACGGACUAAAGGUCGUCAACUUGAAGCAGAGGCGACAGAAUAUACGGAAGCUGGCAGAGUCAAUAAUGCAGCUCGAAGACAUAGUCAGCGCAGUCACCAAGUGCGAAGACAUGGUCGAUCGAGGAGAGGUCGACACCGUGUUUGAUAAUCUGGACAAUGUUGAGAGGCUGAUUCGGGGCAAGGAGCCCCUGCACGGUGAAGAAGAAAGCACGACCAGAUACGCACGGCGGAACCUCAGCAGUCUCAAUGCCCUGGCUGGGGCUUUCGAAGAUCUUGGACACAUCAGGCAUCGCAUAGGCAAGGUGUACGAGUCGAAAUUCCAGGAAUCAUUGCUGGGCGAUAUUCGGCGGCAUGUUGAUAAGACCAGUACCACGACUACUUUAGAAAGAUGGGGCAACAGCUUCACUCGACCUAAAGCCGGCCAGCGCAGAGCACCGUCGUCAUUCCCAAGCUACAUGAGCAUAGAUCAUGAGCUCCGUGCAGAGCUGGAGGCCGAGAUGAAAGGUCUGGCACGGGCGAAGUAUACGACACCUGCAGCAACAGCCUUCCGAGCAGCUGUCUUGCGAGAGAUGAAGACCAUGAUCCGGAAACAGCUGCCCAGUACUAAUGAUGAUGAUGCGGUGUCUACGAUUUCCUCCUCGACUCAUGGGGGCCGCAGUCGAUCGCAACAAGAAAAGGCUUCUAUACUUGGCCGGAAUUUGCGAUCAUUGGAUCCCGAAGAUUGGUACAGCAUGCUUUCCAAGAUCUACACGAACACAAGCGAAGCACUGCGGCGACUAAGUGUACAGGUAAAGAUCUUGCUUGACAUCACCAGCAAUCUACCAGAGAGCAAUCUGAAAUCACCAGAUCCGAGCCGAGCGCUGAGUCCUCAGCCCGGUGGCCGGCCUCGCUCGACAAGCAAUGUGCAGCUCGAGAUGCAACAAGCGCUGGACUUGUCUAGCUUACUCGGCGAAGGCGUGGAUCUGAUCCAAAACCAACUCACCAAAGUCGUUCGUGUUAGAUCACAGCAGAAUGCUGAGCUCCCUUUGGAUGCUUUCCUAAAAUACUUCGCGCUGAACAAAUUAUUCACCGACGAAUGCGAAGCUAUCUCCGGACAGACUGGACAAGGACUGAAGACGGUGCUAGACAGUCAGAUAAAAGAAUAUGUCUCUCGAUUUGCCGAGCAGCAAAAGGCAAGCGUGGUUCGAGUUCUGGAUGCAGACAAAUGGGAUGCCAAAGAUUUCGGCGACCACGAAAAUGCCAUUCUCGAUCUCAUUCAAGCCGGAAGCACAGACGACCAAGCAACAUGGCUGCAAGACACGAGAGUAUGGGAAGCGCCAACCACAGAGACUAGCACAAACGGCACCACCACCAAUGGCACAGCUACCGCAAAAGACACCAAAGUCCGCCUCGCCACACUCGACGAGCAAAAAUACAUCCUCCCAGAGUCCGCUGCCGCAAUGAUGGCAUCAAUUGAGCAAUUCGAGCAUCUUGCCGCAGGAAUACCAAGCAUGACGCCAGAAAUCGCUACUGGCCUCCUCGACACCCUGAAGCUCUUCAAUAGCCGCUCGUCACAGCUCAUCCUCGGUGCCGGCGCCACCCGUUCAGCUGGUCUCAAGAACAUCACCACGAAACAUCUCGCCCUAUCCUCCCAAGCUCUGUCCUUCAUAAUCGCUCUAACACCCUACGUCCGCGAAUUCUUUCGUCGUCAAGUACCCCCGCAGUCACAAGCCUCACAAGCCAUGACCGCGGACUUCGAGAAUGUCAAGCGUCGUCUCCAAGAACACCAGAUGGCGAUACACGAGAAGCUCAUCGAGAUCAUGUCCGGCCGCGCGGCACUUCACGUCAAGUCUAUGAGAAAUAUCGACUGGGAGGAGGCCGCCAAGAACAAAAACGUCAGCGUGUCACCAUACAUGGAGACAUUAACCAAGGAGACGGCGACGCUGCAGAAGGUGCUAACGAAGCAUCUGCCUGAGGGCGUCGUGGCGGGAAUCAUGGGCCCUGUUUUUGCGAAUUACAAGCAGAGCUGGGAGAAGGGCUUUACGGAGGUUGAGCUGAGGAGCGAGGCUGCCAAAGAUAGACUCGUUGCAGACGCUCAACACUUCGAAGCCCGGCUGUCUAAGCUGGAGGGUACAGGUGACCUCGGAGAGUAUAUACUGAACGUGGUGAAGAGUAAGGAGGUCAACACUCGGCCUGCUGAGGGCAGUGCCGGGACUUCAUAA